ACCUUUGUAUUUCCGGAACCAUUUUGCUGUACGACGCUGGCUCCCGGAGGAAAGUUUUGGUAAAGGACUACUAACUCGCAGCGGAAGUUUGGUUGGGUCAGUUCCGGAAGGAGAACGCGGCGGUGAGGUCUUCGUUUUCGCCUCCUGAUAUGCAUCGACAGAAUUUUCGACCCCCGACUCCUCCUUAUCCCGGCCCCGGUGUAGGAGGUUGGGGUAGCGGGAGCAGCUUCCGGGGUACCCCGGGAGGGGGCGCGCCGCGGCCGCCCUCUCCGCGGGACGGGUACGGGAGUCCGCAUCACACGCCGCCGUACGGGCCCCGGUCUAGGCCCUACGGGAGCAGCCACUCUCCGCGACACGGCGGCAGCUUCCCGGGGGGCCGGUUCGGGUCCCCGUCCCCUGGCGGCUACCCUGGCUCCUACUCCAGGUCCCCCGCGGGGUCCCAGCAGCAAUUCGGCUACUCCCCAGGGCAGCAGCAGACCCACCCCCAGGGUUCUCCAAGGACAUCUACACCAUUUGGAUCAGGGCGUGGUAGAGGAAAAAGAAUGUCUAAUGAGGUGGAAAGUUAUUUUAAGCCUUCAAUGCUUGAAGACCCUUGGGCUGGCCUAGAACCAGUAUCUGUAGUGGAUAUAAGCCAACAGUACAGCAAUACUCAAACUUUCACAGGCAAAAAAGGAAGAUACUUUUGUUAACAUUUCUGAAAUUCAACUGGAAGCUUCAUGUGUCAGGAACAUCUUGGACAAACUCUUGUGUAAUUAGGUUGAACCCUAAGAGGAUUACUGAUUGGAUUAUUAGUAGGUUCUUCUUGGUAUUUUUCAUUAUAUUAAGUAUUGUUGGUACUAGAGAAGACAUGGUAGGAUAAUUUGCAAUAUUUGGCUCUCUGGAAGUGCCUACCACAUUUUGGAAGAUUUAUAGUUUCCAUAUAUAAUGGAUAUUGGUCUUUUAAUGUUUUUCUAACAUUUAAAAUAAAACAUUUUGUCUUUCUAGCUA